AUGUUUGUCGAGCCGCAUCUGCCCCGGGGUCUUGUUGCUGUAUCGUGGAGCCUCACUCUGGGCUCGAUCCUGUGGACAACGUCGAUAAUAGCUUGGCGAGCGUGGCAGCACAGGAAGUUCAUCAAGUCCCAGCUGGGGGAAGGGACCGCUAGAACAAACGCCGAGAAAAUUCUCAGCCUGCUGAUAGAAUCUGGGGCAAUAUAUUGCUGCAUAUGGGCAGUGUACCUUGCGAUCUACUACGGACUUCGAACCGCGAUGUUCAUACCGCAAUCCAUCCUCGUUCAACUUGUCGCUAUAUACCCACUCACUAUAAUCAUCAUCGUCCACAUCCGAGCCACUUCCCCGAACUCGCGAUCGCAAAUCUCAUCCUUCUGCUGCGCAACGCCCCCUGAUAUCUCCUCUGGAAGUGCAGAUUCUGAUCGUCGCACACUCAGCUCUGGAUAG